AGCACCAGAGGAAUGGUCUUGUCUUUUGUACGCUAGGAUUUGCGAACUGCUCAAACCAGAAUUCCGUUAUCUUGGGUUUGCUUUCCGAUAACCUUGGCAUCACCUUCAUUGCUAUCUCCUGAUUUCAGGAAAGAUAAAACAGGUUGAGUUGUUCAAUAGGUUCUAGGCCUGCGAGCAGAGCAAAAAUGCAAACGGCGAAGCGCUCUUCACCAGACUCCUCUCCUCUUGCGGACGCUCUCGCGUGUGACUCAAAGGUUAGCCUAACCGCCGGCUAAAUAGGUUCUUACAUCGCUGCUGUCUCUGCCUUCUGUGAAAAAAACCAUUAUCAGAACCAUUAUUUGGACCUUCUGUAUCUUUUUCUUGCGAAUGUGUUCUUCCCGUACGCAGUUCGCAAUUACAAGAGUCCAUCGUACUUUGUACUAGUUCCAGCGACCAAGUUAUGUUAAAAUAAUCUUCCUUUUUUUGUACGCCCAGGUUUAUUAUUCAAAGAAAUACGGAAAUACAUCACUUAUCUCGGUGAGAUAAAAAAGUUCAUCGCGGAAUGCUAUGUUUGUGUUCUCAGUGUAACUAGACUUUGUGGUAAAUUAUAGGGAAAUAGUAAUCAAUCCGAAAGAACUGUUCGCGCACGAAGAGAGCUUGAGGGAACACGCGAAAGAAAAAAAAUACGGUUCUUUUUGCGCGUUCAACGACGUGAGAAAAAUUGCCGGACUCUACUGCCUCACAUUCUCCGUCACGCAGCCCGGCCCGUCACGCGUGAAUCUGCCAAGAGCGUGGCGUGUUCGUGGCGUGUGGGAAAGAUGUAAGAAUAUGAUUGGCCACUGGUGGUCAAGAGCGUCCGACCUUUGAGGUUGGCAAAACGACCGCGUCCGUCAACUUGCAAGAAGUCAUCAUUCGAAUUUAUUAAUACAGUUGAAUCAGAAUGUCUGACAAAGGCGACAAUCAAGCGGUACUAUCUGAAAUAACGGAGAAAACAGUUAAAAGACGUGGACGCGGAAAGAAAAGAACGCCAACGAAAGUUAUCAGAAAGUCUAAAAAGCGAAAACAGAAUGGGACAAUAGAAGAUUUGUUGGCAAGUGGUGAACCCCCUGUUCCUCCACAAGGAGUGCUUCAUCCUACACACUCGCUGCCACAGCCUCCAUGUACAGUGCCUCAACCACUACAAACAGUGCCACAGCCUUCACAUGUAGUGCCACAGCCUCUGCAUGCAGUACAGCUGCUUCCAAAUAUGAUGACUCAGACUCCACGUACUGUACCACCAACAGUUCCUCACCCUCCACAUUCAAUACCUCAGCCUGCACAUACAGUACCUCACCCUCCACAUACAUUUCCUCAGCCAGCACAUGCAGUACCUCAGCCUACACAAACAGCACCUUCCCUUUCACAUCAUGGUUCUAUUGAGGGUUCUUCACAUCCAUCAAGUGUCCAAUUUGCAGUGCCUCCCAAUUUCUUUCCUUCACCAAUGUUAAACAGCACACUGCAAACUCCUCUGCAGCAUGGUGUUCAGCCUUCUUUGACAGCCUCCCAGUCUUCCACCAUGAGCUUACUUAGUGCUCUUCAAGAUGACAAACUGGGACUGAUACUACCCAUGUUAGUGAGGAUGGAGCACAAGAUUGAUCAGCUUAUGGCAAUGAUGGGAUCUAAAUCAAAUACUGGAAUGACUGGGCUCGAAAUUGGAAACCAAUCAAAUGCCACAACAGCAGGAAGCCAGUCUAAUGCCACAACAGUGAGAUGCCAAUCAGCUGCCACAACAGUUGGAAACCAGUCAAAUGCAACAGCAAUGGGAAACCAGUCAUAUUCCACGGCGGCAGCCAAUCACAUCCAUCAGAAUGCUGACAUUAUAGGAAACCAGUUAAAUUCCUCUACGAGGGGAACCCAGAGAAAUGCAACCAUGAAUAACCAGACAAACACAAAUGUUGUNGGAUUAAAGGAAGGUUGGGUUUUUCAAAAGUGCUUGUUUCAACUUGGUAGGGGCAACCUGAUCAGGGGGAUCAGCAAGAGAUUCCUUAGACAGAUGGCUCAACCGUUUGACAAGGAGGAUCAGCUUGGCUUAUCACUUCUAACUGUUGAACAAGUGGAGUCUGAAGAGUUUCAGAAACGAAUUCUACAGUCAGCUGUUGCCUAA